AUGCCCUUAGAUGUCCGGGGCCGCGCGCGCUCUACAAUGACGGUGUCAGCGAGUCAGACCUUCUGGCCCGAGAGGGUUGGGCAAACUGGUCAAUCACCGUCGGAUCGGGGCUUGGAAUUGUUCCCCGUGAACGAGGAAUUCCUAGUAAGUGCAAGUCAUAAGCUUGCGCUGUUUACGUCCCUGCCCUUUGUACACACCGCCCGUCGCUACUACCGGUUGAAUGGUUCAGUAAGGUCCUUGGAUUGGCGUCAUCGCAGCUGCGGCGGCUGCCCGAGAGGCGCCGAGAAGACGACCAAACUUGAUCAUUUAGAGGAA